AUGCUUCGUGGAGCACUAGUAGUUGUAUGUUUGGCUUGUUGUCAAGCUCAACUUUUAGUUAUCUCGCCAGAACUCAAAGGUAAGCUUCCAUUAAUUGCAGAAUGUAACAAAAAUAUGGCCUAUAUAAGGGCUGUUUACUACAACUCUAUAAUGUAUAAAGUAUUUUUGUAUAACGUAUAAUGUGAUUCUCUAUACUCUACAAAGUAUAGCUUUUCAUCAAAACUUAAACGUUUGUAAUACUAUGUCAAACAACUUGUAAUACCACGUCAAAUAAAACGUAAGAAACCGAAUGUUGUAGCCUUACUUCCACGAGAGAUGGUCGAGUUCGCGGAUAGUUUAUCAAGCAAAGAACGUGAGGUGGUGAAGACGGUGAAUGAUAAGAACGGCACGGCUACCUAUAUCGAGGAUUUGAAAACAAAAGACGAAGGUUUGGCCAAAAAAGCAGCCGAUCGAAUUGAGGCGUUUCAGAAGAAAUUCAACAAAAUCAGCGGACCUGGUCAGAAGUUCAUCGAAAGUGUAAGAUUUUUUACUUUAUAAACGAGUUUGGCAUUCUAAAUUGUUUUUAUCGUUUUUAGACCUUUGUGUUCGCAUUUUUUGCCUUCUGCUUACAUUUACCUUGGUUUUCUAAAUGCAAACAAGAUAGACAUGAUUAAAAAACUUUGCUUUAGACUGUAAUCAUCUGAUUAGGCCUAAUUAUAAGAAUUUUAUUGUGCUUUGUAUUUUGUCAUUUUAUAGGUGAUAUACGAAGUAGAAGACAAAGAAGAUGUGGAUGAAACAGAAUUGAAACAAAUUGCUGCUUCGUUAACAGAAAAAUGGGAUCUAUUACCAGCUGAUAUUAAGAAGGAAAUUCGUCGAUUUUUCUCGCAUAUUGCCAGAACUUUGGAAAGUAAGUUUUUGUUAGAAACGAGCUUUUUAAAUGACCUAAUGAAGACUGAAAAAUGA